CCACCAUUAACUCAAUUCCUCUACACCUGACUCACCUCCAACCCUUCCUACUGAACAAAGAAAAAAAGAAACAAAAUGACCCGCCCAACCAGCCUCCUAGCCCUAACACGGAGAAGCCUCACCCCCCGCUCAUCCCCCUCCCCGCGCAUCCUCCGCACCGGUACCCUCCUCCACCAACACCAACCCCAAUCGCAAAUCCACACCACCACCGCCGCCAUCACCAGCAAAACGACCACCAAACCACGCAGCACCCCACAAACCCCAAGAUCGCAUGCCCGAACCUACCACUCAGAACACCACCCAAGCCAACCCCACGAAUACACAAACUCUCAAACAACGAUCCUCUCCGCCGCGCUGCACCACGUCCCAACGCACGGCUUCACCCGGAAUGCCCUGACGCUCGGCGCACGGGACGCCGGGUUCCUGGAUGUGUCGGUGCAGCUGCUACCGCGGGGCGAAUUCGACCUCAUCCUGUUCUGGCUGGCCAGCCGGCGGGGUCUGCUCCGCUCGAAGGUCGAGUCCGACGGGCUGUUGGCGGGGAGCGGCUCCGUGCUUUCUGUGGACGAGAAGAUCCAGGUUUUGUUGAUGGAGCGGUUGCGCUUGAAUGUUGAGGUUAGGGAGCAGUGGCAGGAUGCAUUGGCGGUUAUGUCCCUCGGUGAAAAUAUCCCGAUGGCUCUCUCGGAACUUCACGCCUUGGCGGACGAUAUCAUGAAUCUGGCGGGGGAUCAGUCUGUUGAUGCGUCGUGGUACUCGAAGCGCAUGGCCGUGGCGGCUGUGUAUGCGGCUUCGGAUUUCGUGAUGACUCGUGACACCAGUGCUGGGUUGCGGGAUACGGAGGAGUUCGUGGCGCGUCGGUGGGCGGAUGCGCGGGCUCUGGGCGACAAGCUUACGGGCGUGAGGGAGUGUUUGGGCUUCAUGGGGUCGACGGCUGUUGGGUUGGGCCGGAGUUGGGGGUUGAAGAUCUAGAGACGAUCUCUGUUCCCACUGUCUCCCUCUUAUACUAAUUAUUUGGUCUUCUUGUCUACUGAGAAAGAGAGAGUUUUGCUGGAUUGUUGUUUUGUUCUUCAGAGUUGUUCUAUGUACUAUACACUAUAUUACACUUGGCUGGGGUUUCUCUAGCAUCUAUAUAACCUAUGCAGCUUCUUU